CUGAGCAGACGUCACACAAGCCAAGACGGCUCCGCCCCUCUCAAGAUGGCGAUGCGCUCAAUACGGAAGGCGCGUGGGUGCUGGAGCUUCAUCCGGGCACUUCAUAAAGGACCCGAAGCUGCUCACGCUCCCCAGAAAGAAGCCGUAAAGCGAGUGUUCUCUGGCAUUCAGCCUACAGGAAUCCCCCACCUCGGCAAUUACCUGGGAGCCAUUGAGACCUGGGUGAGAUUGCAGGAGGAGCAUGGCUCAGUGCUGUACAGCAUUGUUGACCUACAUUCCAUCACUGUCCCCCAAGACCCGGCUGUCCUUCGGCAGAGCAUCUUGGACAUGACCGCUGUUCUUCUCGCCUGUGGCAUAAACCCAGAGAAAAGCAUCCUUUUCCAGCAAUCUCAGGUGUCUGAACACACACAGUUGAGUUGGAUCCUUACCUGCCUGGUCAGACUGCCCCGGUUACAGCAUUUACACCAGUGGAAGGCAAAGACUGCCACCCAGAAGCAUGGCGGAACCGCGGGCCUGCUCACAUACCCAGUGCUCCAGGCCGCUGACAUUCUGCUGUACAAGUCCACACACGUUCCUGUCGGGGAGGAUCAAGUCCAGCACAUGGAGCUAGUUCAGGAUCUAGCACAAGGGUUUAACAAGAAGUAUGGGGAGUUCUUCCCGGUGCCCAAAUCUAUCCUAACAUCGAUGAAGAAGGUCAAAUCCCUCCGUGAUCCUUCGGCCAAAAUGUCCAAAUCAGACCCUGAUAAACUGGCCACCGUCAGAAUAACGGACAGCGCGGAGGAGAUCGUGCGGAAAUUCCGCAAGGCUGUGACGGACUUCACGUCGGAGGUGACCUACGAGCCGGCCCGCCGGCCGGGGGUCUCCAACCUGGUGGCCAUCCACGCGGCCGUGACCCGCCUCCCCGUGGAGGAAGCGCUCCGCCGCGGCGCCGGCAUGGACACGGCCCGCUACAAGCUGCUGGUGGCCGACGCUGUGAUUGAGAAAUUUGCGCCAAUUAAGAGGGAAAUUGAAAAACUGAAGAUGGACAGGGGCCACUUAGAGAAGGUUUUACAGGUCGGGUCAGCAAAAGCCAAAGAAUUGGCACACCCCGUGUGCCAGGAUGUGAAGAAAUUGGUAGGGUUUCUGUAGGAAGCUUCAAUCCCAGAAAGGCGUUUAUGCCUUGUGGUCUGUGCACUCCAAUAAAGGCAGCUUUCCUCACAAACGAAAAAUUGUGGCUUGGGGAUGUUUAAUUUGGUACCCAUGAUUAUUUGCUUCAUUUGAUAAAUAAUGAUUUGUAGCCUUCAAAUAGAGCAGUAUUCUAAAUCAUCAGCAAAAUGCUGUGGCUA